CUCCACCUGGCUGAUACUGUAGGUAAGGUAGUGGUGCUGCCCAUCUCCACCUGGCUGAUACUGUAGGUAAGGUAGUGGUACUGCCCAUCUCCACCUGGCUGAUACUGUAGGUAAGGUAGUGGUGCUGCCCAUCUCCACCUGGCUGAUAGGUAAGGUAGUGGUGCUGCCCAUCUCCACCUGGCUGAUAGGUAAGGUAGUAGUGCUGCCUGUUCACCUGUAGUAUGUCUCUGUCACUAACAGGAGGAGGUCCCGACUCUCAGCAUUCUUGUCCAUGUUGUAAACCAGGGUUGGGGUCAAUUCCAGUAAAUUCCAGAAGUACACUGAAAUUCCAAUUCACUUCAAUGCUUUUCAGUGAGGAAAAUUUGCAAAUUGUUUUUUAACUUUCUAAAUGGAAUUGAUCCCAACCCUGGUGUAAAGUUUAACCACAUAAUUCAGUGGAUUCUUGGGUUCUUUAGGGGGGAAAAAAACUAUUUUGAAAUAUGUCUAAUAAGACGUUGCAAAUACGUGUUCUAUGUUGCUUGCCCCUACUGAACCAAACCCUGGUGUUAAAGGCAGAGUGCAGCAAAUGCUAAUGAUGUCACUGUUAAUCCAGUGAGGGUGUUAAUGAUGUCAGGAUGCUAAUGAUGUCAGUGUUAAUACAGGUGAGGAUGCUAAUGAUGUCAGUGUUAAUCCAGGUGAGGGUGUUAAUGAUGUCAGUGUUAAUCCAGGUGAGGGUGUUAAUGAUGUCAGUGUUAAUACAGGUGAGGAUGCUAAUGAUGUCAGUGUUAAUACAGGUGAGGAUGCUAAUGAUGUCAGUGUUAAUACAGGUGAGGAUGCUAAUGAUGUCAGUGUUAAUCCAGAUGAGGGUGUUAAUGAUGUCAGUGGAUGCUAAUGAUGUCAGUAUCAAUCCAGAUGAGGGUGUUAAUGAUGUCAGUGUUAAUCCAGGUGAGGAUGCUAAUGAUGUCAGUGUUAAUCCAGGUGAGGAUGCUAAUGAUGUCAGUGUUAAUCCAGGUGAGGAUGCUAAUGAUGUCAGUGUUAAUCCAGGUGAGGAUGCUAAUGAUGUCAGUGUUAAUCCAGGUGAGGGUGCUAAUGAUGUCAGUAUUAAUCCAGAUGAGGGUGUUAAUGAUGUCAGUGUUAAUCCAGAUGAGGGUGCUAAUGAUGUCAGUGUUAAUCCAGGUGAGGAUGAUAAUGAUGUCAAUGUUAAUUCAGGUGAGGAUGCUAAUGAUGUCAGUAUUAAUCCAGAUGAGGGUGCUAAUGAUGUCAAUAUUAAUCCAGGUGAGGGUGCUAAUGAUGUCAGUGUUAAUCCAGGUGAGGAUGCUAAUGAUGUCAGUGUUAAUCCAGGUGAGAAUGGUAAUGAUGUCAGUGUUAAUCCAGGUGAGGAUGCUAAUGAUGUCAGUGUUAAUCCAGGUGAGGAUACUAAUGAUGUCAGUGUUAAUCCAGGUGAGGAUGCUAAUGAUGUCAAUGUUAAUUCAGGUGAGGAUGCUAAUGAUGUCAGUAUUAAUCCAGAUGAGGGUGCUAAUGAUGUCAGUAUUAAUCCAGGUGAGGGUGCUAAUGAUGUCAGUGUUAAUCCAGGUGAGGAUGCUUAUGAUGUCAAUGUUAAUUCAGGUGAGGAUGCUAAUGAUGUCAAUGCUAAUUCAGGUGAGGAUGCUAAUGAUGUCAGUGUUAAUCCAGGUGAGGAUGCUAAUGCUGUCAGUAUUAAUCCAGAUGAGGGUGCUAAUGAUGUCAGUAUUAAUCCAGGUGAGGGUGCUGAUUAUGUCAGUAUUAAUCCAGGUGAGGGUGCUAAUGAUGUCAGUAUUAAUCCAGGUGAGGAUGCUAAUGAUGUCAGUGUUAAUCCAGGUGAGGGUGCUAAUGAUGUCAGUAUUAAUCCAGGUGAGGGUGCUGAUUAUGUCAGUGUUAAUCCAGGUGAGGAUGCUAAUGAUGUCAGUGUUAAUCCAGGUGAGGAUGCUAAUGAUGUCAGUAUUAAUCCAGAUGAGGGUGUUAAUGAUGUCAGUGUUAAUCCAGAUGAGGAUGCUAAUGAUGUCAGUGUUAAUCCAGGUGAGGAUGCAGUUCUGACAGCUAAGAGGAGAGUCUCUGCCAGCAAAUUCAAAACACGGUCACUGGAAAGAAACCCAUCCCACCACUCUCUGGGAAAACUGGAGCCCAGCAGCUUUUUCACCAAUAAGUCCUACUGCUCCAAACUCAAAACACAGUCUCUAGGCAGAAAGCCAUCAAUAGAAAACAAGCCAUCAAUGGACUCUCUUGGAAAACCGAAAGCAAACAGCCUGUUCACCAAGAUGAUCGGCCUGAAGUCAUUUGGUAAUUUCAAAACGCAGUACCUGGACAGAAAGCCAUCACUAGACUCCCUCGGAAAACUGGAAUCCAGUAGCUCUUUCACCAAGGUAUCCACCUCGAAGCCGUGCAGCAGACUGAAUAUUCCCGAUAUUAGACAACCAUCUUUGGAGUUUAUCCCAUUUCUGCCUAGAGACUCCACCUCCCAUACCUUCCCAUCUUGCAAACCCAAGCCCCCAGCUUCCACCUCCUACAUCCUGCCAUACUUCAGACCCAAGCCCAGCUCAGCCUUUGACCUCAAGGCCCACUACGCCAUGGUGCGCUCCAAUCAGUUGGACUGCUCCAUGAAGGGUUUGAAGGACCACAAGAGUAGGAACCUCCUCUGCCCGGUGUUGCAGAGCAGGCGUGUGGAUUCUGCCGUCAAGAAGAACAAAAAAACAGGGCGGGACAGCAUAUUACACAUUGAGAUUGAGACCUACCUGGCCUGCAUCACAGCCUUCUUGUCCCUGGCCAAGAGUGAAUACACCAUGGUGUCCAAAGUCUUCCCUCUGAACUGCUCCAAUACCUUUGAAACUCUCAUCCAGGUGGCUCUGAACCAGCUGAUCCAGAAUGGGGAGAACAUCGUGUCCUCUGUCAGACGAGCCUGUUCACGUCACGACUACACAGCCCUUGUCGCCAUGUUACCUGUCCUGGGCCGUUUCCUGGAGGAGGACAAAGAGUUUAACACGUUACUAAAGACAAUUCUAUUCCUGCAGCAGUUGCUGUCCUUUGCAGAUGCUGUUCGGUCCAUCCUUUAUCCUCAUGAUGUAGACAGUGACACAGUAACUAUGGAGGUGUCCAGUAGUGUUCAGGUGGACGUUCAACAUGACACUGAUGCAGAUGAAUCAGAAGAACAGCCAUCAGACAGUCAGGAGUCCAAGGGGAAUGACAAUCAGAGAGCACUGAGUCCUUAUGUCUGUAAAGUGCUGGAGCAUCUCCAGUACAACCUACAGAGUAAGGCCAAGGUGUACGAGGACCACGCUCUUGGGGCCAUCUUCCUCCUCAACAACUACAACUACAUCCUCAAGACAAUGAAGAAGUCAUCUCUGUUUGAAGUGGUUAAAACCAGCGGCAGGGAUCCGGAGGUUGAGUACGGGGAACUGAUUGAGCAACAGAAGCAGGGGUACCAGCACAGUUGGUUGAAGGUGACCGAGUGCCUGACUGAAAAGAAUCUGCCCACCUUUAAGCCAGGUGACAAGUUGAAAGAAAAAGACUGUCAGGUGAUUAAAGACAAGUUCAAGAGCUUCAACGAGGGCCUGGAGGAACUGUGUAAAGCUCAGAAAGCGUGGGCCAUCCCAGACAGAGAGCAGCGCCAGGCCAUCUGUCAGGCCCAGAGAGAGAUGGUGUCCAAGGCCUACACAGCCUUUCUGCUGAGAUGUGACCAUGAUUUCUCCAAACACCCUGAGAGAUACCACAAAUACAGCCCAGCGCAGGUGGAGGAGAUGAUCGAGAGACUAUUUGAUAUCUCAGCCUGAGGUUGAGAACCUGCUUAGUUAGGAGAUAAUAUAAGGCCUUCACACUGCCUCUAUAGGAAAUAACACACUGUUGAUUUGUUUCCACACUACUAAUACUACAGCUUCAGUCCCCAUUACAUGUAUUCAUUAGAGUUCUAGGCCUCUAUUCUGGGGGAUUAUAGCACUACAGUCCCCAUUACAUGUAUUCAUUAGAGUUCUAGGCCUCUAUUCUGGGGGAUUAUAGCACUACAGUCCCCAUUACAUGUAUUCAUUAGAGUUCUAGGCCUCUAUUCUGGGGGAUUAUAUCACUACAGUCCCCAUUACAUGUAUUCAUUAGAGUUCUAGGCCUCUAUUCUGGGGGAUUAUAGCACUACAGUCCCCAUUGCAUGUAUUCAUUAGAGUUCUAGGCCUCUAUUCUGGGGGAUUAUAUCACUACAGUCCCCAUUACAUGUAUUCAUUAGAGUUCUAGGCUUCUAUUCUGGGGGAUUAUAGCACUACAGUCCCAAUUACAUGUAUUCAUUAGAGUCCUAGGCCUCUAUUCUGGGGGAUUAUAGCACUACAGUCCCCAUUACAUGUAUUCAUUA